GAAACGAUGGGCUUCGGCAGCGAAUCCUCAGAGGAGUUUACAUGGACGGAGGAGGAAGAACGGGCGGUUCGGCGAAAGUUGGACUCCUACAUCAUCCCGCUCACUACAUUCCUCUACUUGCUUUGCUUUCUUGACCGGGCCAACGUUGGCAAUGCCCGCAUUCAAGGAAUGGCAAAGGACCUGCAUCUCGUCGGUGUCCGAUUCAACUGGGUCACGUCCAUCUUUUACAUCAUAUACAUGUUCGUCGAAGUACCUAGCAACAUUGUGCUGAAAGUUGUUGGCCCACGCUUCUACAUUCCACUCCUGGUCGUUGGCUUUGGUCUUGUGUCGAUGUGCACAGCAUUUGUCAGGGACUUCCAUCAGCUAUUGGUAGCUCGGGCCUUCUUGGGAAUCUUCGAAGGCGGUGUGAUGCCUGGUAUCGCGUUCUUUAUCACUUGCUUUUACAAGCGUGAAGAGCUCUACCUUCGAGUGGGUAUCUACGUCUCUGCGGCAUCUCUAGCUGGCGCAUUUGGAGGCCUUCUUGCUACUGUGCUCGCGCGCAUUCCCAAAUGGGGCACCGAGCACACACCCAUCCACACCUGGCGUAACAUAUUCUUUUUCGAAGGCCUUAUCACCAUCAUCGCUGGCCUGGCUGCUCCAAUCCUCAUGCCCACUACCCCAGGCAAGACAUGGUUCUUAACUGAACGACAACGGAAGAUUGCUCAUGCACGGUUGAUGGUGAAGGGUGGCGCCGAGGAAAACGAAAAGAUCGAAUUCCACCACAUAAAGAGAGCGUUCUUCAACAUAAACAACUACAUUUGCGCGCUUGGGUUCUUCCUCAUCAAUAUCACCGUUCAAGGAAUUUCGCUCUUCAUGCCAACAAUCCUCAAUGAUCUCGGCUGGACAGCUACCAAGGCCCAACUGUAUUCAGUACCUCCUUACGUUUGCGCCUGUCUCGUUGCCAUCUUCAUAGCAUUUGUCUCUGAUAAGACGAAAAGACGUGGAAUCUAUCUCGCAGGAUUUACUCUCCUAGCCAUCACGGGAUUUGCCAUUAUGCGCUGGGCCACAGAUCCGAACAUUCGAUACAUGGGCAUAUUCUUCAUUACUCUUGGAGCUUUUCCUGGUGGCCCUGGAUUUCUGUCCUGGGGUAUGAACAACGCUGCAGGGCCUGCCGUUCGAGCCGUUUCAAGUGCGUAUAUCGUCACACUCGGAACCGCUGGAGGUAUUGUGGCGACGUGGACCUACGUGUCUAAAGAUGCGCCCAAAUAUCACACCGGCCAUAGCAUCAAUCUCGGCGGCCAAAUGGGUGUGUUGGUAUUAGCUUGCCUUGGAAUCGCGUACUGUACCUGGGAGAACAGCCAGCGAGAUAAGGGCAAGAGAGAUCACCGCCUCAACGGAUUAACCGAAGACCAAAUCAGAGACUUGGGUUACAGGCACCCGGAGUAUCGCUACAUCACCUAAACGCGAUUCUGAUUCCGUAUACGUUCCGUUUUGCUCUUUGGAGACCGAAGCGGUAAUGGAUGUAAGUACAUACACAUAUCCAUGCAGGGUAUCAUACAGACACGCAUGUUUAAUUCAU